AUGAGCAAAAUUUCAAAAGAGGCAUUCGAAUAUCUUAAUAAAAUGAGACAAAAUCCAUAGAUAGCCAUACCAAAAUUAUAGGAACGUCUAAAAUUAUUUAAAGGGAAUGUUGUUCAUAAACCAGGGGAAACUCCUUUAUAAACAAAUGAAGGUCCAAAAGUUGUCAAUGGUUUUAAUUUAUGCUAUAAAUAUACCAGAAUGCAUUUAAUUCUUAUAGAAUUAGAAGCCUGUAGGUGUAAUGAGUUGGAGUAAAGGUUUGGAAUGUGCAGCUAGAGAUCAUGUAAAAGAUACAGGACCAAAAGGUGUUACAGGUCAUACUGGUACAGAUGGAUCAUCAAUGAGUGAUAGAAUAGAAAGAUAUGGUGAAUGGGAUGUGACUAUAGGAGAAAAUAUCAGUUAUGGUUAGACAACAGGAGAAGAUGGUAUAAAUAUCAUAUUUAUAUACAUAGUAAUAAUAUAAUUGAUAAUUGAUGAUGGAGUAUCAUCAAGAGGACAUAGAAAAAAUUGUUUUAAAGCAGAAUUUGGAGCAGUUGGAAUUUAUGAUGGAGAUCAUAAAUAAUUUAAGACAUAAUGUGUUUUUGAUUUUGCAGGAUCUUUUGAAGAUAAAGCUGGUUUAGAUGCAGGUGGAAAUUAAUAAUAAGAAGACGCUCCAAAAAAAGAAUCUAAUCAAAGUGCUCCUAUGCAAUAAAAACAAUAAUAAGGAGCACCUGCUAAGGCUUAAUCAUCUAAAGAUCCUGAUGAUAAAAUUGUUAAAAAUGCAUUUGAUUAUUUGAAUCAAGUAAGACAAAAUCCUACUCUUCCAAUAUCAAAGCUAGAGGAACUGAUGAAGUUAUUCAAAGGUAGUGUACUUUAUAAACCUGGAGAGACUCCAUUAUAAACAAAUGAAGGUACUAAAGUUAUUUAAGGUAUAAAUAAAUAACGAAUAAUUAUUUAGAAUUAAUUGCAUUUUUAUAAAAAUAAUAACCACUUCAUCCCUUAACUUAUGAAAAAGGAUUAGAGUAAGCUUGUAUUGAUCAUGUUAAUGAUACAGGUCCUAAAGGUGUUACAGGUCAUACUGGAACUGAUGGAUCAUCUCUAUCUGAUAGAAUUGAAAGAUAUGGAGAAUGGAAUGGUAAAAUUGGAGAAAAUAUCAGUUAUGGAUAAAAGAAUGGAGAAGAUGUUAUAAUACAAUUAUUAAUUGAUGAUGGUGUAGGUAGUAGAGGUCAUAGAAAAAAUUGUUUUAGUUCUGAUUUCUAAUUAGUUGGAAUUGCAGCAGGAGAUCAUAAAUAAUUUUAAACUUAAUGUGUUUUUGAUUUUGCUGGAGAAUUUACUCCAAAAGGAGCUUAAGGUUAAAAACCUAAAGUAUUAUAAUAAUAAUAAUAACCAUAAAAUAUGAAAGAAUAAAUGAAAAAUAUGAUGGUAGGAGCCAAAGCUGCAAAUGUACCACCACCUUAAAAUUAAGAAGAAGGUAUCAAUUAAUUUAAUUUAUCUUUUCUAGAAAAACUUCCUCCUGGAUGUGUCUCAGUUAGUUCUUCAUCUUCAGGUGCUGUUAAAAAUGGAAAAAAAAUUACAAAAAUAACUAAGACAUAUUUAUUCAAGGAUGGAUCAACCAAAACCGCAGUCCAAACUCUAACGGAAGACUGACAGAUUUAUAAUAUGAAAUAUAAAUACAA